GCUUAUUCAUUCAGAGUGGGAAAGAGCCAGCCGAGGGGCCAGCCAGUGUGGGGCUGGCCAUGUAAGGGCCUCCCCCUCCCCACCACCAACCACCACCACCACCAUCACAGGCGAUCCUGCCCGCCCGCCCGUGCCCUGCUGAGAGCCUCGUGCAGCCCUGGGCACCGCCCCUGCCCUGCCCUGACCCCUUGGCCUCGAAAUGCUGUCAUCGGAGGAGCCGUCCCGCUCGGGACAAGGCCAGGAUGGACAAAGCUAGAGCUUGGGUCAGGCACGGAGCCUUGCUAUCCUCGAGGCCGUCGGAAGACAAGCACGCAGGGGGGGAGCCUACACCCCGGAGCCUCUCUGCCCAUCGGGGGCGGCUCUCUGCACCCAGGGGGCCACCAUGGCUCUGGUCGCAGCUGGCUGGCAGCUGGGGACCUUGGUGUGGAGCGCUUGCCUGUGCGUCCUGGUGCAUGGGCAGCAGCAGGCCCAGCCAGGACAGAGCUCAGAGCCGGGACGCUGGAGACAGCUGAUCCAAUGGGAGAACAACGGACAGGUGUACAGCUUGCUCAACUCGGGUUCAGAGUACGUGCCGGCAGGACCUCAGCGCCCCGACAGUAACUCCCGGGUGAUGCUGGCCGGUGCGCCCCAACCUCCGCAGCAUCAGCAUCAGCAUCAGCAUCAUCGGCGCAGCCAGGGAGGUCCUCGGCGUCGCCAGGCACCGUCCCUACCCUUGCCUCUGCCGGGACGCGUGGGUUCGGAUACGAUCCGCGGCCAAACGCGACACCCAUUCGGUUUCGGCCAGGUACCCGACAACUGGCGCGAGGUGGCCGUCGGGGAUCACACGGGCAUGGCCCGGGCCCGCACGUCCGUCGUCUCCCAGCCACGGGGACACGGCGGCGGCGGCGGCGGCGGCGUGGGUUCCGCUUCUUCCUCCUCCGCGUCCUCGGUGUCGGCGUCGGCCUUCGCCACCACCUACCGCCAGCCGGCCCCGUCCUACCCGCAGCCGUUCCCCUACCCGCAGGCGCCCUACGUGAGCCGGUACGACAACUACGACGCCGCCUCGCGGACCUACGAGCAGGGCUACGUGUACUACCGCGGCGCGGGCGGCGUGCGCGCAGGCGCCGUGGCCUCGGCCGGGGUCAUCUACCCUUUCCAGCCCCGCACGCGCUACGACGACUACGGCGCGGGCGGCGGCGGCGGAGGCGGCGGGGACGAGCAGCAGCAGCCUCCGCCUGCGCCGCCGCAGGCUCCCGAGUACCCGGCCCAGGCUUUCUACCCGGCGGCCGCGGCCCCGGAGAGGCCUUACCUCGCGCCACCCGACGGCCUGGACCGCCGCUACUCGCACAGCCUCUACAACGAGGGCACGGCGGGCUUCGAACAGGCUUACCCGGAGCAGCCCGUAGGUGCCGACGUGGUGCAGAACCCCGGCGGCGCUGCAGGUGGAGGGAGUGAUCCCCGACUCGGAUGGUAUCCGCCUUACGCCAACGUACCUCCCGAGGCCUACGUGCCUCCCCGAGCUCCUGCCGCCGCCGCCGCCGUGGAGCCGCAGCCCCCCUUCCGCGUGCUCGAACCCCCCUACCUGCCCGUGCGCAGCUCCGACGCGCCCCCGCCUGGCGGGGAGCGCAACGGCGCGCAGCAGGGUCGUCUCAGCGUGGGCAGUGUGUACAGACCCAACCAGAAUGGUCGAGGCCUCCCUGACUUGGUCCCGGAUCCUAACUACGUGCAGGCAUCUACGUACGUGCAGCGAGCCCACCUGUACUCCCUGCGCUGCGCCGCGGAAGAGAAGUGUCUGGCCAGCACAGCCUACGCCCCCGAGGCCACUGACUAUGACCUGCGCGUGCUCCUGCGCUUCCCCCAGCGCGUGAAGAACCAGGGCACGGCGGACUUCCUCCCCAACCGCCCACGCCACACCUGGGAGUGGCACAGCUGCCACCAACAUUACCACAGCAUGGACGAGUUCAGCCAUUACGAUCUACUGGACGCUGCCACGGGCAAGAAGGUGGCCGAGGGCCACAAGGCCAGCUUCUGCCUAGAAGACAGCACCUGCGACUUCGGCAAUCUCAAGCGCUACGCCUGCACCUCCCACACGCAGGGCCUGAGUCCAGGCUGCUAUGACACCUACAAUGCAGACAUCGACUGCCAGUGGAUUGACAUAACUGAUGUGCAGCCCGGGAACUACAUCCUCAAGGUGCAUGUGAACCCCAAGUACAUUGUUUUGGAGUCUGACUUCACCAACAAUGUGGUGAGAUGCAACAUCCACUAUACAGGUCGCUACGUUUCUACAACAAACUGCAAAAUUGUCCAAUCCUGAUUUCUGGCCGAUGUCUCUCCUUACAAAACAGGCCCUGCUCCCCAGGCAGCCUCCUCCAAGGAGCCCAGCCCUCUAACCCGUGGCUGGGGCAGCUGGGCACCAGGGCAUCCCUCCCUUGCAGGCCCCAGGGAGUGAGCGUGGACCGAAACCGCGGGGAUUCCGGAUACCAAGUCCCAUUUUGUAACUUUCCUCUACAGCAUCAUUUUGUCAGUUGUUGGUUUUUUGUUUUUUGUUUUUUAAAUAUUUUGGCCAUCCCACACAGCAAGAUUGCCCAGGUGCUGAAUAAAACAGGGUUUUUCUA